UGGCCAGCUGCCAAGCGUCCGCCUCCCGAUUUUAGCCUUUCAGCCAAUCAGAACAACCGACUGAAAAAACGUCGCCUUGCAUAAUUAAUAUUCAUGAGCCUUGCCUUUACAGUAGUAGGGUUUGUAAAUACACACCACACCGGUGAAGGUAUCACGACUGGAGGUUGUUCGCGGAGCUUUCACACCGGCUCGCCGUCAAACUGCUGAUUAUACACGAAACAUGGUCCAUUUUAACAAAUGGACGUCAGUGAGGAGCACGUCUCUCACCGACAGGACUACAGCACAGGAUUUAAAGCUCCGAUAGUGGUGGAUUGGUUUAGUAUAGGAAAUAAACACGCAGUGAACGGAUCAUGGCUUAUUUUAAACGCGUAUUGUUUGUCUAAUUGAUUAACGACUGUGAUUGUAGCGUCCCGCCAUUUGUUUGUUGGAAAUAUUGAAUCAACAGCGCACCAAAUCAAGAUGACAGGGGAAAACACAACUAUCAAAAGUCGGAUUAAAAAUCAGAUUCCUUCGCCUUUCAUUAAAUUGAGAAGAAGUAAAGCUGGAAACAACAAAGAGAAUCUCAGGGAUAAGGUGACGUUGGAAAAAGUCCUGGGAAUCACUUCCGUCGCGAAUCGUGCUUUGGCGUGUGACCCACAUUCAGGAUUGGUUGCUUACCCAGCCGGGUGUGUGGUGGUGCUACUGAACCCUAAGAAAAACAAACAGCAUCAUAUCCUCAAUAGCUCCAGGAAAACCAUCACUACGCUCUCCUUCUCUGCUGAUGGCAGAUACAUGGUCACUGGUGAGAGCGGUCAUAUGCCGGCGGUGCGUGUCUGGGAUGUGGCAGAGAGGACACAGGUGGCAGAGUUACAGAACCAUGAACACGGCGUGGCGUGUGUGGCUUUCUCUCCCAACAGUAAAUACAUCGUCAGCGUGGGUUUCCAACAUGACAUGAUGGUUAACGUCUGGGCCUGGAAGAAAAAUGUUGUGGUUGCCACCAACAAGGUGUCCAGUAAAGUGACGGCUGUGUCUUUCUCAGAUGACAGCUCAUACUUUGUUACAGCUGGCAAUAGACACGUGAAGUUUCUGGUAUCUUGACCACACCAAGUCGUCCAAGGUGAACACCACAGCACCAUUACAGGGCCGCUCUGGUCUUCUUGGAGAACUGCGCAAUCAUUUUUUUAGUGAUGUGGCCUGUGGAAAGGGUCCGAAGGCGAAACAGCACCUUCUGCAUCACUUCCUCUGGGCG